AUGUUGAGAGGAAUGUUUGAACUAUCAGAUUAUCCUGCCUUAAAUCUCGCUGGAGAUAAUUACCUAGAAUGGAUAAAGAACACUCGUGUUGCCCUAAGUUCCAGAGGACUUGGAAAUUGUCUCAAUGAGUAUCUUAAUAUUGGUAUCCUUGAAAGUGAAAUGCAUAGAGCUAUAACGAUUAUUCGUUAUCAUCUCGCUGAGGAGCUAAGAGACCUAUACCUCCAUGUUGAGGACCCUUGUGCCCUUUGGCUACAGUUAGGGCAAAGGUUCAAACCAGUAUUACUGCAAAAGGCUAACGAUCAAUGGGAAACUAUCAGAUUCACGGAUUUUAAAUCCGUGGAUGAGUAUAACUCUGCCCUGAUGGAUAUAGUUGAUGGUCUUAUACUAUGUGAUGAAAUAAUAACAAAUGAGGACUUAAUAUAUAAGACCUACUCCACCUUCCAUCCAGAGGAUGUGCAGCUGAUUAACAAGGCUAAGAAAUUCACCAUCUAUGAGGAUCUCUUGUCAUAUCUUUUGGCUUCCGAUGUUCUAUGA